AUGGCGGCGAGUCAGGGAGGCGGUGGCAACAGCGGGGGCGGCGGGGGCGGCGGCGGGGGCAGCGGCGGCGGUGGCGGCGCGGCCGGAGGGGGGAGUGGCGGCGCGGGCGGCGCGGGCGGCGGCGGCGGCGGCGUUGGCGGCGGCGGCGGGGGGGGCCCGGUGGUGGCGCCCAUCGCCGUGCCCGCGCUCUUCGGCCAGCCGUUCCCCGCCGGGCCGCAGUGGCUGCCCGGGAGCCUGCCGCCGCCGCACACCGUCCGGAGCCUGGACCGCGCCCUGGAGGAGGCCGGCAACUCGGGCAUCCUGAGCCUCAGCGGCAGGAAGCUCCGAGACUUCCCGGGCAGCGGCUACGACCUGACGGACACCACCCAAGCAGAUCUUUCAAGAAAUCGGUUUACAGAAAUUCCUUCUGAUGUCUGGUUAUUUGCACCUCUUGAAACAUUGAAUUUGUAUCAUAAUUGCAUCAAAACCAUUCCUGAAGCCAUUAAAAACCUACAGAUGCUAACAUACCUUAAUAUUAGCCGAAAUCUUCUAUCAACAUUGCCAAAAUACCUAUUUGAUCUUCCCCUUAAAGUUUUGGUGGUCAGUAAUAAUAAACUGGUAUCUAUUCCAGAAGAAAUUGGGAAGCUAAAAGAUUUAAUGGAAUUGGAUAUUAGCUGCAAUGAGAUUCAGGUCCUUCCCCAACAGAUGGGAAAAUUACAUUCACUUAGAGAGCUUAAUAUAAGAAGAAAUAAUCUUCAUGUGUUGCCAGAUGAAUUAGGAGAUCUUCCCUUAGUCAAGUUGGAUUUCUCUUGUAAUAAAGUGACUGAAAUUCCAGUUUGUUAUAGGAAACUGCAUCAUUUACAAGUAAUAAUUUUGGAUAACAACCCACUACAAGUACCACCAGCACAGAUAUGUUUAAAGGGUAAAGUGCACAUAUUUAAAUAUUUAAAUAUACAAGCAUGUUGCAGAAUGGACAAGAAACCAGAUUCAUUGGAUCUUCCAUCAUUAAGUAAACGAAUGCCAUCCCAGCCUCUCACAGACAGUAUGGAAGAUUUUUAUCCAAAUAAAAAUCAUGGUCCUGACUCUGGCAUUGGAAGUGAUAAUGGAGAGAAGCGACUGUCUACAACAGAACCAUCAGAUGAUGACACAAUCAGCCUUCAUUCUCAAGUCUCAGAAUCAAAUAGAGAGCAGACAUUAAGAAAUGACAGUCACGCUACAGGAAGUAAACCUGAUUUUCAUAAAGACCAGGAGGUGUAUGAUUUUAUUGACCACACUACAGAAGAUGUAGCAGUUCCUGAACCAGGAGAUUCACAUAUUGGAUCAUUUGUCUCUUUUUUUAAGGGCAAAGAAAAAGUUCCUGAAAAAUUCCAGAAGUCUGAAGAAUUGACAGAUGAAAAGAGGCUUGGAAAAGAACAGCUUCUUGCAGAUGAAGAGGAUGAUGACUUGAAGGAAGUGACUGAUUUGAGGAAAAUAGCAGCUCAGUUAUUACAGCAAGAGCAGAAGAACAGUAUCUCAACAGAUGAAAUCAAUUCACCGUUAUCACCCCUCACAUGGCAGCCCUUGGAAAGCCAGAAGGAUCAAACUGAUGAACAACGGUGGCCAGAAUCUCACCCUAUAAUCUGGCAGAGCGAAGAAAGAAGGCGGAGCAAACAGAUUAGAAAAGAAUAUUUCAAGUAUAAAUCAUCAAGGAAGAGUUCAAGUGGAAACGAAAAUGAUGAGCAAGGCAGUCAUAAUGCUAGUAUGUCACCACAAUCUCCAGUAUCAUCUGAGGAGUAUGAUAGAAUGGAUGUUUUUUCACAUGGCCCUUUUGGAUUGAAACCCAGAUCAGCUUUUAGCCGUUCAUCUCGCCAGGAAUAUGGGGCAGCAGAUCCUGGAUUUACAAUGAGAAGAAAGAUGGAACAUUUACGUGAAGAACGAGAGCAAAUACGACAACUUCGUAAUAAUCUGGAAACCAGGUUAAAAGUAAUUUUACCUGAUGACAUUGGAGCUGCACUGAUGGAUGGGGUUGUUCUUUGCCAUUUAGCCAAUCAUAUAAGGCCACGUUCUGUAGCUAGUAUUCAUGUACCGUCACCAGCAGUGCCUAAAUUGAGCAUGGCAAAAUGUCGGAGAAACGUGGAAAAUUUUCUCGAUGCUUGUAAAAAGUUGGGUGUGUCACAGGAAAGACUUUGUUUGCCUCACCAUAUUUUGGAAGAAAGAGGUCUUGUGAAAGUUGGUGUCACAGUCCAAGCUCUUCUUGAAUUACCCACAAACAAGGCAUCUCAGCUUUCUACAGCUUGAUACAACAUUUAAAAAUCAUGAGUGUAUAGUUUAGUUUAUUUGAAGUGAUUUCAAAUAUCACUAAAUCAUAAAUAAAAAUGGUUAAUCAGGGCUUGAUCUAAUGCAGUCUAACAGGCCUUGUGUUAUUUCAAGUGUUAUGAUUUUUUUAAAUUAUGUUAAAACACCAACAUCAAAUUUUGAAUUGCCCAAACUUAUUUUAGGGGAAAACUGGAUUAAUGAGUUUUUGAUAAAUUCAAAUUCUCUUUUCACUAAGUCAGCUAGAUAAACUUUAUUAUAUUUCAAAAAUAAGAUUGAUACUAAAUUGAAAAUAAUGUUUCAAUGUAAUGUUCAUUAUUUUUAAUUUUUUUAUAUCAUAUCAUACUAGUAAGCAUCUGGAGACGGUAGUCAUUUUUACCGACUUAAAAGAAGUAUAUAUUUGAGUUAUUUAAUACACUUCUAUUUCUAGUUUAUAAACAAGUUGUUUCAUCUUUGGUCUUAGUUUUCUAGAACAAAAAAGAAGCAGAAAAUCUAGAACUUUGGCUUUAUAUUAAAUUCUUUUUAGUAUUAUAGGUUGGUGCCAAAAUAUUUCAGUUUAAUGUAGAUUGUUUACAUGUGAAGUGCCUGUGUAAUUGAUGGCUCUUAUAUAGUCUUAAGCAUUUUUGAAAUUUCUUUUUAUCUAUUAGUGGUAUCUAUGGAAUUUAAAAUAUUUUAGUAGAUUUUUUUUGUAUGGUCAGUAAUACGUGAGCAUUUAAGUGUGCCUCACAUUGUGACAUUUGUGGGUUUUUUUUUAGUCCAUCGCAGGUUUCCUUAAAUUGGUUAUUUCAUGUUUAAAAAACAAUGUUAAUAUGCGUAUUUAUGCUAUUUAAUUUUGCAAAACUUAAUCAUCUUUUAGAAUGUAUUAUUUCAAGAGUAUUUUAUUUCUGUUUUGAAAUGUUACAUAAAGCAGUGAACUUUUUCAGAACUAGCAAAAUACUAAUUAUCAAGAUGAUUUUGAUAAAACUUCAGAUGUUUGGAUUUAUGUUUUCACUUUCCUGAACAUAUAUCAGUAUUUUGCUUCAGUUACAUUCAGACAGAACAACUGAGGUAUAGCCUUUUAUUUGAAAUAUGGCCAUUUGUAGAUCCUGUAACCGCUGUGAUCCUCAAUUGACUUGAUGUUGAAUUAAGCAGAUCAUUCUAUAAAUAUUUUCAUAAGUAUACAAUGUUAAAUAAAGUCCUAUUAAAUUUAGAAAUAGCUAAAUUUACAUUGGUAGCAAUGCAAGAAAUUUUCAAAAACAUUACUGUAACAACUUGGUUUCCUAUAGUAAAAUCUCAGUAUAAUUACUUUUGUAGUAGGCAAAAGUAGGCAAGCAAGUACCGUAUCUUUAAUAUGUGAUUAUUUGCACUUGUUACCUCUUAAUAUGGAUGCAAUUUAUUACAAGUGUUGACUUGGGUCUUUCAAAGGAUAUAUAUAUAAAAAAUAAAACUAGUGUGCCAAAUGAUACAGUUAUUGUUGGUGUAGGAACAACUUUACUAUUUUUGGCUCUAGUAUAUGGAUGUGUUCUUUACAUUCCCCAAGGGUCAAAUUGGAAUUUUUAAGAGUGAAUUCUUAUGACUAUAUCAUUUAAAAUUAGAUUAUUAGUAAUUUAUUACUUUAAAUAUUUGAAAUAGUUACUAUUUUUCAGUUGGAUCUAACAAAUUUCAUUGAUAUCAGCAAUCUCCUUGGUGAAAAUUUGGGUAAUAUAGGUAAGAAAUGGCAGAUAAAUACCUUAGUUGUUAGUUUUUAAUGUAGAAAUUUGACAUUGUUACACAUAUUGUAAGGUCGCCAUUAAAAGUCAUAGCGAUCAUUGACAUUGCUUUUCUAGUUAUUAUGCUAUAGAAUUACUCUUACUAAUCUAGAUUUUAAUUACUUUAAAAUAUUUUCUGUCUUGUAGCAUUGAAAUAUUAGCAAAAUUAUAGGCCAUUUCCUUAUUGUAUUUUAUUUGUCAAUUAUUACUUUGAAGAGCAAAUGCACCAGAACCUCAUUAUAGCAUUCUUUACUGCAAAGCAAAUUUUUAUUUAAUAUGGUUCAUAUGGAACCAUGUUGUGGCAUUUAUUUACUCUAGUGCCAAAAGGCAGUGCCAACUUGGGCAUAAUUCUCAAAGAUGUAUUAUAACAAGGCUAUCGUAUGUUUCUUUCAGUAGUUUUACAUAAGUGCAAAAACUUAUUCUAAAUGAAUUUUGUGGUACUUAGUUUAUCAGUUAUUGAAUUAAGACAUUUUCCUUUUAAUUAAAUUUAUGAUUUGAAGAAGGCUAACUAAUAAAAUUAUUUUAAUAGGGACAGGGAUGCAGCCUACUUGUAGAGUUCAUGUCUCCCAUAUGUGAGGCCUUUGUUUUGAUCACUGGCACCAAAUUAAAAAUUAUUUGUCCCUAAAAAAUGCAAUAGAUAACUACUUCUGCUAAACCUUAUUACUAUAUGGCACAAGAAAGAGUUGAUGUUGAAUUGUCAGAAUCAAAGGAGUAAAGUUAAAUUACCAUUUGUUUACUAAUUAUCUUUAUAGGAUGCUAGUUUAAUGACUUUUCUAAAUGAAUUUUUUCAAGAAUUCAGAAAUAUUUGUAUUGGUCACAGAUCUAUGAUCUUGAUUUUUUUCUGAUGCAUUUAAAAAAUAAAUGGAACACUAAAUGUACAUUGCCGAUGGAAACUGUGCAUAAAGUUGAAUGAAAAACUGUAA